AAUUUACAGUUUCUACUUGUCACUGUCCCACCUGUUACUGUUUGAUAACAACUGAUAAACCCAAAGAUACCGUGUGUAGCGAUGUCCCUUUAGUAAAUGAGACAUUCAGCACUGAAUAUUAAAAUAAUAACACCAGCUCAGAGUGGAUAAUAAGACCAAACCACGCCGCCGGAGCCUGGACUUAGCAGGUCAGUUGUUGUGAGAGGAGGAACCUCAGAUUAGCAGCCAUGUUGUCGGCGGAGGAGAUUCUGUGCAGUACGCAGCAGGUGAUUGCAGGUCUGGAGGCGCUUAGAGGAGAGAACCGCAGCCUGCUUGAGAGCCUGCAGGAACCAGUAGAGAACCGAACAGCCUUGGACAGCAGCAGCGUGGAGCAGGAGAAGACCGGCAUCAUUCGCCAAUCACUGGAGAGGAUAGAGCUGGGGCUGAGCGAGGCUCAGGUCAUGAUGGCGUUAUCGGCUCACCUGGGAUCUCUGGAGGCAGAGAAACAGAAGCUGCGUGCUCAGGUUCGUCGCCUAUGUCAGGAGAACCAGUGGUUGAGGGAUGAGCUUGCUGGUGCUCAGCAGCGGCUUCAGGACAGGGAGCAGGAGGUGGUGACCCUAGAGGAGCAGAACAAACACCUGCAGUUCAUGUCCUCCAUACGCAAAUACGACCUGGAGGAGCCUCAGCUGGACGAUAAAGACACUUCUACUAACAAAGAGUCUCUGGAUGACCUUUUUCCCACAGAGGAUGAGGAUCAGUCACAGAUAUCACAGCCUCAUCACAGCAGUGCGGCAGCCGCAGCCCAGCAGGGGGGCUACGAGAUUCCCGCCCGUCUGCGAACACUCCACAACCUGGUCAUCCAGUACGCCUCCCAGGGACGGUACGAGGUCGCUGUACCGCUGUGCAAACAGGCUUUGGAAGAUCUGGAGAAGUCUUCAGGACACACCCACCCAGACGUAGCAACCAUGUUAAAUAUACUGGCGCUGGUGUACAGAGACCAGAACAAAUACAAAGAAGCAGCCAAUCUAUUGAAUGACGCGUUAGCAAUCAGGGAGAAAACCCUUGGUAUGGACCAUCCAGCGGUGGCAGCAACACUGAACAACCUGGCUGUGCUUUAUGGCAAACGAGGAAAAUAUAAAGAAGCAGAGCCGCUGUGUAAAAGAGCUCUGCAGAUCAGAGAGAAAGUUCUUGGCACGGAUCAUCCAGAUGUGGCUAAGCAGCUGAACAACCUGGCUCUGCUGUGUCAGAACCAGGGGAAGUACCAGGAGGUGGAGCAGUACUAUGAACGUGCUCUUCACAUCUACCAGAGCAAACUGGGACCAGAUGAUGCGAAUGUGGCCAAGACCAAGAACAACCUGGCAUCAUGUUACCUAAAACAGGGGAAAUACAGACAAGCUGAAUCUCUUUACAAAGAGAUCCUGACCAGAGCACAUGAAAAAGAGUUUGGAUCUGUAGAAGGUGAAGGCCGCCCCAGUUGGUCUGGUGCUGAGGAUGGCAGCUCAGGACAGGACGGACUCAGUAACCUAAAGCGAAGCGGCUCCUUCACCAAACUCAGAGAAUCGAUACGUAGAAGCAGUGAGAAACUGGUGCGCAAGCUUAAAGGAGUUGGCAUGGAGGAAAUGACCCCUAGGAAUGCUGGGAUGAAGAGGGCAAACUCUUUGAAUGUGUUGAAUGUUGAAGCCAGAGAACGGCAGGAUGGAGUCCAGUCGAGCCAUCUGACGGAUGUUCGAGGUCUGAGCUCCAGCACACAGAGCCUGAUGAGAAGAGGUUCACUUGGUGGAAACAGCUAACACAAACAGGCACACUAAUGCACAGUCAACUUACAAAAUCACUGGAGGCAUGGUUACAGAGUGCAUUCAGAGAUACUACACAGAAGCAGAUUCCUUGUUUUGAAUCUUCUCUCAUAAAAAACUGAGAUGCACUACCAGUCAGAUGAACAUUUUAUCAAACUCUAACUUUUUAAAUAUUCCUUAUUCUAUUCUGUUUUUAUCAAAGGGGUUUCCAUCCACUAGUUUCUAUGCUCAAUUUUGAUUUGCACAAAAACAUUGACCAGAAAAAAAACACCUUCAACCUCAAGUUUUUUGGAGAAAGCAGUGCAACUUUCUGCAGUAGAAAGACAAGUAUGAAAUAAAGAGUGACGUCUCUGGAUUAAUAAGUUAAAGUAAAUUCUUACAAACUCUCCCAAGAGCACACAAGUUUAGAAGUUGUUCAAAAUUCUCCAUUUCACAGCUAAUGUCCUUCAUUGCUUUGUUCAUCACUUCACUAGCUUCUGAAUACUGGCUUUGGACUAUAAUGCAACAUAAUGUUACUUACUUACAUAAUAUUAUUGGGUGGACACCCAUAAACUUGCAGUCUGUUGCCAAAUUUUCAAAAAUGUGUUGAAAUUUUGCAAUAUAUUUAGAUGGAAACCCCUAUAUAUUCAUUUCUCUCCAACAUUUCCAAGUUUUUUUUAUUUUGCACUGUCAUCAUUUCUUCCUUUUUUACUUGAAAUUCAGAGUCAUUCCUUUCUGGUUGUAGGUCAAAAUUCAGAUUCUGAAAGUUCUGGUGUUCAGUUUCACUUCCGUGAAACUGUGUUUUAACAAAGAUAUAAACUUGUUUACACUUCCUUAAAUAUCACCAGCAUUUACACUGUAUGAAAACUCCUUUUGCAAAGACAAGACCAUGUUAUAAAAGUUUUACAGAAGUAUAACCUAUAAAAACAUUAUUUUUUCUGUGCUAGUAUAUCGACUUUUUAGGUACGUUUGUUUGGACAACACGGAAAAUAAAACUGGAGUAAUUAAUAAUAUAUGAACAUAUAUUUUUAGAAAGGUAAAGAGGCGCAUUUAUUUGCGUUAUGGAUGGUAUUUUCAAUUGUUAUAACCUUUUUUUACAGUAAAAUGACACUAUGUUAUUUGCACUCUGAUCAAAGAUAUGACCAUGUUUUGAUAAAAUGUUACUUUGUGUUUAAUUGUAACAUUUUUAGUUUAUACUGUUGAAUAUAUUUAAAUGUGGAAAAAGUGUUUUGCCUUUUAAAAUUGCAGGUCAAUCUUCUUAAAUGUUGAAACUGUUAAAGCUAUGAAAUAUUUUUUGUAAAUUUGAGCUGUUUAGCAGCAGAGUCUGGACCUGCAGUUCCAAAAUAGACCAACCUUUAUUAAACUUAUGUCAUUAAUCUGGAGCAUUUUAACAAGAAAAUGAAUGCAUACAUAGCAGAUGUCAAAGAUGGUACUCCUAAAGAAUAUUUGCACAUAGUUUCAUGUUUUCUCAUCAAACUUUAAACCUGUACCAUGAAUAAUAAUAAUAAUGUCAUUAUUACACAUUUCAAUAUUCAACAAUUAAGUUUCUGCUAUAAUUUUCAUUCAAGCUUUCAGAGGUUUUGUUGUGUGUCUGAGUUAAUGUGUGAUUAACUGACCUUGGAUUAUAAAAGUUGACAGCUGUAACACUGAGUCAAAACUGUCUGUUUAGGAUGUGAAAGUUUCUGACUGCUGAUUCCAUUGUUAAAAAAAGGAACCCAUGAAUGUUUAAAAAAACAGAACUUACAGAACUUAUAAACAACACAACUUAUUCAAACAGGGUGACUGUUGUAGUGGCAUAAAUUUAGGCAAACGUGUCUGUUCAAGUUUAACAGUAAACAAACUUAAACAGAAUCCAAAUAAAAGGUAACUGCUAUAAGUGAUGCAGACACAAAAACACAGUAACUCAAGUGCACCAACAGACUGAUCAGAUUUUUAUUAGUCUGAUAAAAUAUCUUGACUGAUCUGAGCCCAGAGAUUGAUAAUUGUCUGAGUUGUUGUGUUAAAAACGCUGGGAUCAUCAUUAACAUGAAAGGCAACAUCAAGUUAGGCUAAAACAUUGCUUCACUAAAUCUGAAAACUAUCAAUAAUAACUAAUUUAUUAAUAUAUAUUUACUAAAUAUCACUAAGUGCUAGGGAUGUAACGAUGCAGUCAAGUCAUGAUAUGAUUUGUAUCAUGAUUUUGGGUCCAGGAGAUCAUGUUUUACACAAUUGAAAUUUCUAUAAAGACAUGAGACUAAAGACAAUCUAACCUGACACGCCAGAUGGAUGUGUUUCACACAUCCAUCUUGGAAACCUCCCAUAGACAGUGCUUGGGAAAGGGCAGAGCCUUUGAA